AAUAUUCGGAGAUGCAGAACGUUAGUUAAUCCCGGAGUCGUUAGUCGCAAUCAAGUCAUUCAGUUCAUUACCGCAGUUGCCCGUGCGCAGCCCAGCUCCAGACAUGUCGUCGACGGUCACAUUCAUUUUCACAGUGUUAGUGUUAAACGCGGCAGUGGAUGCCGUGGCGCAUCACUCGCACGACAAGAGCGACAGACACGAGAAGCAUGAGAAGCAACCGACUUGCCAGGAGUUCACCCAAGGCCUCUCCUUCAAUGACAGCCAGGCUAUCGGCUCCUGGCAUCUGCUACACAUUAGGAGAGAGAAAACCCAAGGAGGCGGUGACACUCAUUGUGUCGAGUUCAGCGCUGUCAAUGAUCAGGAAAGGAAAGACCUGAAGGAACUACUCGGAAAAUUUGUGGAAAAUCUAAAAUGGGACAACCUAGUUCUGAAGAUGCAGAUCCCAUGCGCCAGCCUGAAGACCAAUAAGACUCGAGACUAUUACUUGGAGAAACUCGAGGGAGAUGGAUCUUACAGGACUUUGCAGAUGCCUCCAAGCACAGCCAAGCUUGAUCUGGCGGAAUUCCACCGCUACCCCAUGCGGUUGAAGGUUGUAGAAGGUCAGUACCUCGGUAUGAUGGAUUGCCAUGAGAAGUUUGUCUUCAUCCUGGGGAAACAGCCUCCGGAGGGCAAGGAAAUGGACGAGAAACUCAAGAAAAUGAUCGAGGUCUACUGGCCUGAGGAACAGUAAAUUUAUAACCAUCUAUUUCCAUUAUAAAGGGUUUUUUAUACUGUAAAGAACUAUUAAAAAAUAUAUGUAAACAUGUAUUGAAGAAAAAAGUUGAUUUUGAUAUGUACAUUUUGGUUUAAUCAUAUGUUUGAACGUAUUUAUUAAAUAAAUCUGACAAUGUAA